AUGGCUGCCAACUUUGUUGCAUAUCUAGCCAUCUUCACAUUCACUGCUGCGUUCUCCAGUGCACUUGCAUCGGACCCGGACUUGCUUCAAGAUGUCUGCGUGGCUCUACCACCUUCUUCAGGGGGGGUAAAAGUGAACGGGUUUGCAUGCAAGGAUGAUGCAAAUGUGACGGCAGCUGAUUUCUUCUUCGACGGCCUUGCGAAGCCAGGGCUGAUCAACAACUCAGUGGGCUCUAUCGUAACUGCAGCCAAUGUGGAAAAGGUUCCAGGCCUCAACACACUGGGCGCGUCCCUGUCGCGCAUCGACUACGCACCUGGUGGACUUAACCCACCUCACACCCACCCGCGUGCCACUGAGAUAGUAUUUGUGCUGGACGGCGAAUUGGAUGUGGGAUUCAUCACCACAGCCAACAAGCUGGUUUCCAAGACCAUCAACAAAGGCGACAUCUUUGUGUUUCCUGGGGGUCUCGUUCACUUCCAGAAGAACAACGGGGACAAGGCCGCUGCUGUAAUUGCUGCCUUCAACAGCCAAUUGCCUGGUACUCAAUCCAUCCCUGCAGCAUUGUUCACGGCAACACCUCCUGUUCCUGACGAGGUCUUGACCAAAGCCUUCCAGCUUGGUACCAAGGAGAUUGACAAGAUCAAAUCCAAGCUUGCUCCAAAGAAAUAA